AUGGGGCUGCGUUUAACUGGUCCCCUUCCCGAGCAUCUAAAGGCUUUUGAUGAUGAAAUCAAUGCUUUUUUGGACAAUAUGUUUGGACCUCGAGAUUCUCGAGUCAGAGGAUGGUUCAUGUUGGACUCUUACCUUCCUACCUUUUUUCUUACUGUCCUGUAUCUGCUUUCAAUAUGGCUGGGUAACAAAUACAUGAAGAACAGACAUGCUCUCUCCCUCAGGGGUAUCCUCACCUUGUAUAAUCUCGGAAUCACACUUCUCUCCGUAUAUAUGCUGGCAGAGCUUAUUCUCUCCAGUUGGGAAGGAGGCUACAAUUUACAGUGUCAAGAUCUCACGAGUGCAGGGGAAGCCGAUGUCCGGGUAGCCAAGGUGUUGUGGUGGUACUACUUCUCCAAGUCCAUAGAGUUCCUGGACACAAUUUUCUUUGUUUUGCGGAAAAAAACCAGUCAGAUUACUUUUCUUCACGUAUACCAUCAUGCCUCCAUGUUUAACAUCUGGUGGUGUGUUUUGAACUGGAUACCUUGCGGGCAAAGUUUCUUUGGACCCACACUGAACAGUUUUAUCCACAUUCUCAUGUACUCCUAUUAUGGCCUUUCUGUAUUUCCAUCUAUGCACAAGUAUCUCUGGUGGAAGAAAUACCUCACGCAGGCUCAGCUGGUGCAGUUCGUGCUGACCAUCACGCACACGCUGAGCGCGGUGGUGAAACCCUGCGGCUUCCCCUUCGGCUGUCUCAUCUUCCAGUCGUCCUACAUGCUCACCUUAGUCAUCCUGUUCUUAAAUUUUUACGUUCAGACGUACCGAAAAAAGCCAAUGAAGAAAAAUACGCAAGAGCCACCUGCAGGGAAAGAAGUUAAGAAUGGUUUCUCCAAAGCCUGCUUCACUGCAACUAAUGGGGUAAUAAACAAGAAAGCACAGUAA